CAGUCAAUGGUCAAGUAGAGAGUCUAACAAACUAAAAUAACAAAACCACCAAUACCAAUACAAUGCUCUCUUCCGGUAUCAGGGCCUUGAGCUUGAAAUGUUCAGUGUUAUACCCUACCUUCUGCAACAAAACCCUCAUGGACUCGCGAUCCAUAAUUCACCUCCAUAGCCGUACCUUCUCAAGGUCGUCCUCUCUCUCUCCUCCAAGAGAAGUUCAAAGACUGGACGGUGGUGAUGCCACGACCAUCAGCCUCCAAGAAUGGCAGGGUUGGGGGACCACUUCCCCUCUACCCGCCAUGGUUGCAGAGAUCCUUGAGGACUUGAAGGUUUUGCAGAGAGACAGCGAUGCCCAGAUGACUUUUGGUGGCCUUGGUGGCAAACUCCAGGGAGACUUCAAGAUUCAAGAGGAUAAAAAACACAGAGCAAAAUAUCAGGCUUUAGGGGAUUCUGACAAGAAGUUCCAAUUUUUCUCUGCUCGACAAAUAGCUUGCCGCUUGCUUGGAAGUAGGGGUUACCUUUGUCAGAAGUGCUGGCUUCCCCUGGAAGAUUGUAUGUGUUCAGAAAUCAUGCCCUGCUCUCUUUGGAAUGGCAUGCGCUUCUGGUUGUAUAUGCAUCCAAAGGAUUUUUUACGGCAGAACAACACGGGAAAGCUGUUAUGGCAAGUAUUUGGUGUUCAAGCUGCAACUUUGUGCUUGUUUGGCAUCCCUGAACAUGAAGAAAUCAUGUGGAAUGCAUUCAAGCUUUCAGGAAAAGAUAAGGUUUGGUGUCUUUAUCCCAAUAAGAAUUCACCGACAAAGUCUGUUCAGGAAAGCUUCACGGGAGACCAUUCUACAAGUCCAAAAUGCUCACCAAAGAUGACAAAUGAAGAUGAAACUUUGAAUUUUGUUUUGAUUGACGGUACAUGGAACAAUUCCGCUGCAAUGUUCAGGCGUUUAAAGGAACAAGCAAAGUUAGUUUGGGGAGAGGAAGACCUUCCUUGCAUAUCUCUGACCCCGGGUGCAUCUGCCAUGCAUAAACUUCGGCCCCAGCCAUCUUGGGAUCGUACUUGUACAGCAGCAGCAGCCAUUGGUCUCCUUUGUGAGCUGCAACUCCUUCCAGAUUUCAGUUCAUGCGGAUUGGAUAAACAGUCUGAAGCAAUAGAGGAUGCUUUAGCGGUUUUGUUAGAAGCACUUACAGGUCGGCGCCUCCGCAUGGGCAGGUCCAUCACUCGUAAGGAAAGACAUCUGUUAACAGGCAACUGAGAAUAUUAUGUUUUAGUGAUGAAUUUUUUGAGAUCUAUCCCUUCAUUCUCUCUCUCUCCUCCCUGCUGAUUUGCGAUUGUAUUGGAUAAAUUCAGCCACAUUCACAAUUUUUUCAUACAGAAGGAAGCACAUGAAGCAAAUGAGUUGCAAAACAUUCAAAAAAUAACAGAAUUCUAUACAUGCAGGACCUGCUGACAGAAGGCUUCUGUUGUAGCAGCUUGUUUUGUGAACUAAUAGAUUUGGUUUUAGUUCUAAUUUGAUUGUUUACAUCAUAGACAUGCAUUUUUAUUAUAAUUUUUCCUAAGGACUUGAAUUCUCACCCUCCAUUUUGAGAUGCAGUUAUACUACUUUGGUGGUUGCAUAUUCAGAUGUAAUUUUGAUAUAACAAUGGAACAAUGUAAUUUGGCUUUUUUAUGCAAUGUGCAUUGACUUGGACUUGCAUUGCCUUUUAUAGUAAUGGAUUUAUUAAAUUAUUGUCAA